UCCAACCUGGAGAGACACAAGGACACCCGAAUCACAAAGAAACCAUGGAAAUGUGGGGACUGUGGGAAAGGAUUCAGUUCCCCAUCCCAGCUGGAAGCUCAUCGACGGAGUCACACAGGUGAGAGACCAUUCACCUGCUCUGACUGUGGGAAGGGAUUCACUCUAUCAUCCAGCCUUCAAUUACACCUCCGGGUUCACACUGAUGAGAGGCCUUUUAAAUGCUCUGUCUGUGGGAAUUGCUUUAAAAUCUCACCAGACUUAAUUAAACACCAGCUUGUUCACACUGAUGAGCGACCAUUUGCUUGCUCUCACUGUGAGAAGAGAUUCAGACAAUCAUCUCAUCUCAUUCAACACCAGCGAGUUCACACUGGGGAGAGGCCAUACACCUGCUCUGCGUGUGGAAAGGGAUUCACUUCUUCAUCCAACCUGGUGACACACCAACGGGUUCAUACAGGGGAGAGGAUAUUCACUUGCUCUGUGUGUGGAAAGGGGUUUUCUCAGUCAUCCAACCUACUGAGACACCAGCGUGUACACACCGGGGAGAGGCCAUUCACCUGCUCCAAGUGUGGGAAGAGAUUCGCUCGAUCGGCUCACUUGCUGACACACCAGCGAGUUCACAAGUGAUUGUCAGGAUUGGAUUCUGCCGAGGAUCACAUCCUGUUGCUGUUAAGAAUUCCUGUAACAGGGCAAGAUUUAAUGUUCUGUAUAUCUACCAAAUAAAUCAGUUUUGCUGAAAAUGGA